UUAGUGAUUUUGGGAUGCCUGGGACUGGCACAGCACACUGUGAUAAUGAUAACGCUAUAAUUGGCUUCAUAGCAGUCCACUGUGCACAAGAUCCUGGGUUUCCAGUUUCCAAACCUGAUAUCUCCCAGCUGGGCAGAGCUGUUAUCCCCAGAUCUCCAGGGCUCAGAGGAAAGAGAGAGCCCGAGAGACAUCUACACAGGCAUUUCUUAUUCAGAACAGGAACAGGGACAACACCACUGUUCAGUACUGCAACACAGGGUUACACGAUGGAAUCUGGCUCUGUUUCUCCCCCUCCUACUCAGCCAGUACCUAGAAAUACACUAUCAAGAAGUGCUUUUAAAUUCAAGAAGUCUUCAGAGUGUUGCAGCUGGAAAGUAAAAUUAGGGGGAUUUGCACAAGAAAACAACACUAUAGAUUCUGGAGAACUCGAUAUAGGCCAAAGAGCAAUACAAGAGGUUCCUCCGGGGAUCUUCUGGAGAUCACAGAUCUUCAUUGAUCAGCCACAGUUUCUAAGAUUCAAUAUCUCCCUUCAGAAAGAUGCAUUGAUUGGCGUAUAUGGCCAAAAGAGCUUACCCCCAUCACAUACCCAG